ACGACAACUUCAUUUCUCUUGAUUGAGUUGAGCUGCUCUAAGACGCCUUGCCUCUUCACUACUCAAUUGAUCUGAUCACAUCAACUCCACUCCACCGCCAUGGCAUCUCUACGCACCACUUCCAGGCUUUUUGCCUCCGCCCGCCCAGCUUUCCGCACCCAGAUGCGAACAAUGGCGAGCGUGAGCACACCAGCCGCCGAGCCAGAACCCAGGACCAAGACCUUCCACAUCUACCGCUGGAAUCCCGAUGAGCCUACCUCCAAGCCGCAUAUGCAGACCUACACCCUGGACCUGAACAAGACCGGUCCCAUGGUGCUGGAUGCGCUGAUCCGGAUCAAGAACGAGCUCGACCCAACCUUGACCUUCAGACGGAGUUGCAGAGAGGGUAUCUGUGGCAGUUGUGCGAUGAACAUCAAUGGCACUAACACUCUGGCCUGCUUGUGCCGUAUCCCAACCGACACCACGCAAGAAACGAAGAUCUACCCUCUCCCCCACACCUACGUCGUGAAGGACAUCGUUCCGGAUCUCACCCAGUUCUACAAGCAAUACAAAUCGAUCAAGCCAUACUUGCAACACUCCACACCCGCACCUAACGGAAAGGAAUACCUGCAAAGCAAGGAGGACCGCCGCAAGCUGGACGGACUGUACGAGUGCAUUCUCUGCGCCUGCUGCUCAACCUCCUGCCCCAGCUACUGGUGGAACUCGGAGGAGUACCUCGGACCCGCUAUCCUGCUCCAGAGCUACAGAUGGCUUGCCGAUUCGCGUGACGAGAAGAAGGAAGAGCGAAAGGCGGCGUUGGACAAUAGCAUGAGCUUGUACCGAUGCCACACGAUUCUGAACUGCUCGCGGACGUGCCCCAAGGGGCUGAACCCCGGAUUGGCGAUUGCGGAGAUCAAGAAGGAGUUGGCCUUUUAG